CUAUGUGAUGUGAAGUGUCAGGUUUUGUGAGAUGUGGAAAAGUGUAUCGUACAAUUUAUAAGAUAUAUAAUAAAUAUUUAGUAAUGUCUUUCUUUUGAAAAUAGUUCAUUCAGCAGAAUAUUAAACUACAGUUGUGUUAAAUUUAUAAUAAUUUGUUAUGAUACUAGUGUACAGUUAACGUAAAUCGUUUGUGACUGUUUAUUUUAUGUGGUUCAAUCUUGUGUAAAGUUUUGGUUUUGUGAUUUUUUAAACAUUCGUAUGAAAAAAUCAUUGUAAAAUGUUUUCAAAGUCAACUUUUGGUACAACACCUUCAUCCACAUCAUUUGGAUUUGGUUCUACUAACACAAAUCAAAAUCUUUUUGGACAAUCCUCAUCAUUAUUUGGAAAACCAGCAACUGCAGGAUUUGGGAGUUCAAAUACUACUUUUGGAAACCCAGCCCCUAUUUUUGGUUCUUCGACCCCUCUAUUUCCCAGUAAUACCUCUGGAACAUUUGGUGCUAAUCAAAAUCAGCCAGCCUUCGGAUCAACGUUAUUUGGAAACCAGCAAAAUGCUAAUACAGGUAAUUUAUUUGGAAGCAACUCCUCCACAUUUGGCCAACAAAAUAAGCCCGUUGGCUUUGGUUUUUCUUCUACAGCUCCCACUAAUCGGCUCUUUAGUCAGACAACAGCCCCACAAACACCAUUUCAGUCGACAUCUUCAACUAGUUUAUUUGGUCAGUCAACUGGAUUUGGCAAUACUCAAACUGGUACUGUUAUCAAAUUCAAUCCAGUUACUGGCACAGACACCAUGCAAAAGAGUGGAGUAGCAACUAACAUUAAUACAAAGCAUCAUUGUAUAACAUGUAUGAAGGAAUAUGAAGGGAAAUCCCUUGAAGAACUUAGAUGGGAAGAUUAUCAAGCAAAUAGAAAAGGACCACAACAACAAGGGGGCUUUGGUGUGGCUCCUUUUGGAAUGACGCCAACAUCUUCAGCACAAUCUCUUUUUGGACAGUCAACUGAUAAUAAAACCACUUUUGGCCAAAUGGGAACAUUUAAUCAAAGUUCAGGAUUUGGUCUUGGCACACAAACUGGUCAAACAGGAAGCUUAUUUGGUAAACCAAAUACCACAUUUGGAACUACUACAACAUCUAGCAGUUUUGGGUUUAAUAAUACACCAGCCUCAAACCCAUUCUCAACAAACCCUUCCCAGGCCUUCCCUCAAUCAAAACCAUUAUUUGGAGCCACAAAUACCCAAACAUCUGGAUUUGGGGGUACGGGAAUUUUCGGACAAUCUGGCACACAGCCAACACAGUCAAAUAUGUUUGGUCAAAACCAAACCAGUGGCUUUGGCCUAAAUACUGGCUUUGGUCAGAUGCAACAAAAUCAAGGAGGUAUUUUUCAAACAUCUAAACCAGCCACAUCUUUUGGACCGUUUUCUCAAACUAUUACUAGUGCUCCAUCAUUUGGACAACCCACGGGCACAUUUGGCCAAAGCAAUGCUUUUAACACAUUUGGAAAGCCUGCCCAAUCAACUUUUGGAAAUCCUCAGGGUAGUUUUGGAACUUCUCUUGGUACUCAAUCUAAUGGAGGCUUAUUUGGAAACUUACAACAAAAAUCAGGUGGAUUUUUUGGUAAUACAAAUCCCACAAGUAUCUUCUCAGGGGGAACAACUUUCCAGCCAAAUACUGGUUUUAAUUUACAGCAAAUGCAGUCACAGUUAAAUACAUUGCAACCAACAUCUGAACAGUCAGAAGAGCUAAAAGCACAAUUGCAGAAUGCUGGCACUUUUGGUAGGAGUAAAAUCCUGUCAGGUUUGACUCCUUUAAAAGAAGAUGAUAAUAAACGAACCACUAAUCCGAGAGAAUUGAAGGUAAUUCUGGAUAGUUCUCUAAAAGUAAAGUUGCCAUCACCCAUUAAAAACAAGCCCAACAUGGCUCCAGUAAAUAAUUCAAGGAUGGAUGUUUUUGACGGUGCUAUGGGUAAAACUAAGUUUGACUCCAAAGAUUACAUUAAAAUGACGCGUAAAAGAUUGAUCAUUCGUAAAAAAGGUGACACAGAGAUGCACUCAAAUUCAUCCACUGAAAUUAGUUUAUUUGAUUUUGAAGGAGAUGAAGUAACAGAUAAUAAUUUCACAAGAAAAUUACAAACAAAUAAGGAAACAUUGGAAUUAAAUGCUAACGCUAGUAAUAAUCGAAUAUCGGUAAAACCUGCUCUAAAAAGUAGCGGUGAGAACCUUAAUAGUUCAGUAGAUGUACUUUGGCUUAAGUCUAAUAAUAUCUUGAAUGAUGCUAAUAGUUCAUCUGCUAAAAAUAAGUAUGAAGGAGGUAUCAUAAAUGACGAUACUAGUGGUAAUGAUAAAAGGCUUGAAGCAGAUAAAGAAAAUUUUAAAGAAGCAGAACAUGCGUCUAAACAUCCAUGUGGAAUUACCUUAACACGCCCUGAAUAUUAUACAUACCCAUCUUUGGAUCAGCUAACGCAAUACCUAAGAGAUGAUGGAACUUGUAUUGUGCAAGGAUUUACCAUAGGACGGGUUGGUUACGGGAAUGUUUAUUAUCCAGAUGCAUUCGAUGUAGCCAACUUGAAUCUAGAUAAAAUAAUUUUCUUCCGCUUGGGGGAAAUCAUCGUGUAUCCCGAUGAAUCUGCGACACCACCUGUUGGCCAAGGUCUAAACAGACGAGCUCAAGUAACUUUAGAUAAAGUAUGGCCCAAAACGAAGGAUGGUAGCAUCAUUUUGACUGAUAUAAAAGAGAUAAAUGCCAUUAAUUUUGUUGACAAAUUACAACAAAUUUGUAAAAAGCGAAAUUCAAAAUUCAUGGAGUAUCGACCAGAAACAGGUUCUUGGGUUUUUCAAGUUGAGCAUUUUUCUAAGCAUGGUUUAAGUGAUAGCGAUGAAGAGGAAGUAUCAGAAAAAGUACGAAAACUACGUGAUAAAACUGUCACUGAAGAGCAUAAAACUACUGAUAAAGAAGUAAAUGAAAAACAAAAAGGAAAACAUUCACCACUGGAAACAACUGUUGGCAAACCAAAAGAAGUUGUUCAAGUUCAUGAUAAAUCAUUACCAUCAAACGUAUCCGAUCCUGUGGACGUAUUUCAAAUGUCUGAGCCGGUUGUAGGUCUUGGUGGUUUCCAAUUAGGUCUUCCCAAGUCAAAUGCUUCAGUUUCUAGCGAUGAUAUAUCUCCUCUGGAUAAAAAUGAAACUUUUCCUUCAUUAAGAUCUUCCAGACAUUACAUUUACAAGGAAGUAGAACCAGCUCAGUUGGCCUUGAUGAAGACUUCUUUUUUCGACGAAAGACUUCAUGAUAUUAUCGAGAAUGAUUCUGACGAAAAUAAUUCUGAUUUAAUUAAAAUGUCGUUAAACGCCGUCACUGAUUUUCAACCAGAACCGAAAUUAGUUUCAGUUGAGAAAAGAGUAAAACAGACAUCUCUCCUUCCAAGGUCUUUUGAACUUCGUAAUCGGAAGUGCAUUGUCUCCAAUGAAAAUAGUAUCUUACAUAAUCGCAGGAAUUACAAGGAUAUGUCCGUUUUCUUAGGACGUUCAUUUAGAGUAGGAUGGAGUGUUGGUAAUAUAUUCACGAAUACAUCUUCUUCUCCUACUUGUACCCAUAAUGUUCAAUUUUGUAAUCUAUCUUCCUUUAUUGAAAACGAUAAUAAUCCGUUUUAUCGCACGUUAUUAAAUCAUCUUCAUAUUACUAAAGAAAAUUCCAAACUAAGUGUAAACCAUUUGGGAGUCCCAAUGUUUAAGGUGAACUCAGGUUUUAAUAUUCUUUGUGAGCAUCAGGAGUUGGUCAGCUCAAAUCUAAAAGAAAACGAUUUCAACAGCAUGAGUUUUUAUUACAGUUGCAUUUGGGACCUAAUAAUAGCUUUGUGGAUGCCCCAAGGUAAUUUAACAAGACGGGACAUCUUUAGCAACUGGUUGAAAAGAGCAGUUAUGUUUGAUGUUGAAAAAGAACUUUGUUCUCAAAUAGAAAUAGAUACUGGAAUGAACAAUGUGUUUAAUAAGAUUUUUACAUUUCUAACUGGCCAUAGGAUAGACGAAGCUGCAAAAUUAGCAUUAAAAAAUAAUUUACCUCAACUUAGCUUGCAAAUUUCUCAGUUAAAUUCUGUUCGUAUUGUAAAAAGUUUUUCUGAAAAACAGUUUUUCCAAUGGAAUACUUCAGGAGCAGUUAAGCAUAUUAAUGAAGACCUAUUGAAGACUUAUAUGCUUAUUACUGGAAUUUCUGUACAUCAAGAAAUUAAUAUUAGUGAAAGUUUAGAUUGGAAGAGGGCUUUAGGUCUUCACUUAUGGUACAUAAUACCAGUUGAACAGCCUAUAUCUGCUGUUUUAAAGGCUUAUAAAAAGGCAUUCAGCGAACUAUGUUACUCAAGAAAGCCUUUUCCUUGUCAUGGUGAUAAUGUCAACUACAAUACUACUGACAAGUAUGACAUUUUGUAUCAUAUAAUUUCUCUUUUUGUGUACCCUUAUGAAGGUUUGCAUCAUAUUUUGGAGCCUAUAACUUACACUAACAAUCCCCUAGAUUAUAGCCUCAGUUGGUUCCUUAUGAAUACAUUCGAGGCUUUGGACAUAGGGAAAAUAACACAGGAUACUAAAAAUUAUGUUCAUAUAAGUUUCUCCAAUCAAUUAGAAAGUAUGGGCUAUUGGCAGUGGGCAAUUUUUGUAUUACUCUUCUUAAAAGAUGAAAACAUAAGACAGAAUUUGAUAAUUAAAAUACUGGAACGGCACUUGACCUCUGAUUUAACCGAAGAAACUCUAGAAAUGGAAGAAUUCUUGGUGAAUGAAUUCAGUAUUCCUUCUGAUUGGAUACAUAGAACAAAAGGCAGAAGAGCUAAAUUUGAAAACAAAAACUGGGAAGCUUACAAACACAUGAUUUUGUCUAAACAGUGGAUGAGUGGCCAUGAUUUUGCUUUCUCCAAACUUAUUCCUGAUUUAAUGACGCACAACGACCUUUAUUUAUUAGAAAAAGUUUUAGAAAUCUUAUUACCAGGACAUAAAACAAUUAUGGAGUGGAAAGUAAAGGGGGGACUUUUAUUGGACUUCCUAAACAUAUGGAAAUUAAUAAACAACAAGCAGAAAGGCGAAAUUGAGGAAUCAUCUUUAAGAGCAAUUGAAAUUGAUCUUUUGGAUCUAUUAGCGAGACUUAAAAAGUUCCCUAUAACAACCAAUAAAAAAGCAUUAAGUAUCUCGGAAUGUUCUAAGUGUAUUGCAUUUUUACUGAAGAAAUUUUAUUUAGAAUUACAGAAUAAGUCUUAUGCUAAUAUUUGCAAAACUUCUUCUUAUAUCGAGUCUCUCGUAAUAGCUCCAGAUUAUAAACAAGAUGAACUUAUUAAAUCUCUAUUUAAUAUGGUAAAUAUUCAAAUGAUUAAUUAGCCACUGCAUCUAAUUCUAAGUAAAUAUUUUAUCAGUAAGUAUUCGGUUGUCUGUAAUAAAUUCAUUGUAUUUUUUUAUGAGCAUUUAGCCGCCAGACUUGUUUAAUACUUGAUUGCUUUGCUAAGAUUGUCACGAACUUGGAUUGUAAGUGAAAAAGUAUCGAAAAAUGUUUUAACAUUGUAUUGAUUAUAAUAAAAAAUGAAAAUCGCCA